AUGGGAAGCUUUGAUGGUGCAGAAAUUUGUGAACUUGUUGGUUUAUACGCAUUAAACAAUCUCAGCAAAAGAUUUGGAAGCAAUAACAUCGGUUUGUAUAGAGAUGACGGCCUGGCUUUGAUAAAAGGUUCAAGCCUAAGACUCGCAGAUAAAGCAAGAAAAGAUUUGUAUGCUGCAUUCCGAGAGUUGGGACUGAAAUUCGAGUUAUACCUAGCCGACACGCUUAGUAGGAAUUACCUGCAUUCCGAGGAAAAGAACCAAAUCGACAAGAAUGAAACAGAUCCUGAUAUUGGGGUAUCUAUUGAGGAAGUGAAUCAGUUGUUUGCGAAUGAAGAUACUAUCAACGUUUACCGACAAGCAAUCAAUGAAGACGAAACUUUGCAGGCGUUGAAGAAGAUUGUACAGUCUGGGUGGCCAGAAACGAAAGUCAGCCUACCAGAAGCAAUUACCCCAUAUUUCCAUUUCAGGGAUGAGCUCGUGAUCGAAAGUGGAUUCAUUCUACGUGGUGAUCGUUUAAUUAUACCUAAAUCGUUGAGAAAAGUGUUAUUGGAGAGUCUACAUGCCAGUCAUCAAGGGAUUCAAUCAACCUUGAGAAGAGCUAGAGAAAUUGUAUAUUGGCCCAACAUGAAUUCAGAGAUUAAGGAUUACAUAAGCAAGUGUGAUCUAUGCUGCAGUAUGGGGCCAAAGCAAUUGAAGGAGACACUCAUUUGCCACGAUGUUCCUGAGCGACCUUGGGCGAAGAUUGCUACUGAUUUGUUUCAGUUCGAGAGCAAGGACUACAUGAUAACAGUCGAUUAUUUUUCAAAUUUUUUUGAGAUAGAUCGGCUGCCUAACACAAGUGCCCGUACCGUUAUCGGAAAGAUAAAAGCCCAUGUUAGCAGAUAUGGCAUUCCUGAUGAGGUAGUGAGUGAUCAAGGUCCACAGUUUACUUCUCAAGAAUUUCAGGAAUUCGUUUCUAACUAUGGCAUCAGACAUGUCAUGUCCAGCCCGCAUUUUCACCAGUCAAAUGGGAAAGCUGAAGCGGCAGUCAAGCAAGCGAAGAGAGCAUUGAGAGUGGCCAAGUUAACAGGGCGGGAUCCCAGAUCUCAGAAACACCCCACAAGAAGAUUUUCACACGAGUCCAGCGCAACGGUUGAUGAGUAG